AUGCCUAGACUACCUAUUCUGAGACCCACCUGCACAGGCAUCGUCACGAGACUCUGUUUGUCCCAGACUGUCAUCCUGCCCAACCGACUAUGCGCCAUCAGAACGAUGGCGGGUAGCGCAGCUGUACCAUUAUCAGCAACUCCAAAACCCGGCCAAACUGUAGAGCACGACGGGAAGACAUAUGACACUGUGAGAGAAGGUCUAGCCUACAUCCUCAUACCUCCGAAUACUCGCACUUCUGUUGAUCCACAGGCCAACAGUAGUGAGCUACCGCAGAAUGUUUUCUAUAAUCCCAUACAGCAGUUCAACCGCGAUCUGAGCGUGCUUGCGAUCAAGGCUUUUGGGCAGGAUUUUGUGGAGAGGAGUCGCGUGAAACAUGAAUCUAGGGGCGAGAAGCUUCUGGCGAAGAAGGAGAGGAAGAGGGUGAAGAAGGCUGGGGUGGAGAGGAGAGGAGAAGGUGAUGAGCUGCGUACGGAAGAAGGUGCAGGUUUGGGGCAAGCGGAGGCGACUUUGCCGAACGUGCAGGCUGGAACCGGAGCUGUUAUGGAUGGCAAGGCCGAUAACGAGGACGGCGCGGACAGUAGCAACUUGAAUGAUCAUGCCGAACAGCAAACGACGACCAACACUGCUCCGGACAAGCAUCGCAACGGGCAGCAACCGCGAAAGCCCAGGUUUCGCAUUCUCGACGCACUGUCUGCUACCGGUCUCCGUGCGCUUCGCUAUGCUUCCGAGAUACCUUUCGCCACUGGCAUUACUGCAAAUGAUAUGGACCGCAAUGCUGUAAAGAGCAUCCGCACGAACGUUGAGCAUAACAAGCUUACUGACACGAUCACGGUGAACCUGGGUAACGCAAUCGGCUAUAUGUAUCAGGUAGCCUUCCCUUCUGCGAACAGCCAUGGACCAAAUCACGUCAACGGCAAGUACGAUGUCAUCGACCUUGAUCCAUACGGCACCGCAGCUCCAUUCAUCGACGCGGCGCUGCAGGCGCUCAAUGACGGCGGCUUGCUUUGUGUUACAUGCACGGACUCCGGCGUAUUCGCUUCGUGCGGCUACUCAGAGAAGACAUAUUCGCUCUAUGGAGGCAUGCCGAUCAAAGGUCCUCAUUCGCAUGAGGGUGGGCUUCGUCUGAUUCUUCAUUCAAUUGCCUCCACUGCGGCAAAGUAUGGCCUCGCGAUCGAGCCGCUUCUGUCUCUCAGUAUUGACUUCUACGUCCGCGUGUUUGUCAGGGUGGUCAAGUCAGCCGCGGAUGUGAAGUUCCUCGCUGGUAAAACCAUGCUUGUCUACGGCUGUGACUCCGGAUGCGGAUCAUGGUGUGCGCAGAUGCUUGGGCGCAACGUUCGACAAACCGGCAAGAACGACAAAAGGCAAGAGAACAACCCAACGUUCAACUUCAAGCACUCGAUCGCGCAGGCCCCGAGUUCGGAUCGCCUAUGCGAACAUUGUGGCAACAAGAUGCACGUUGCCGGACCCAUGUGGGCCGGCCCACUGCACAACGGUGCAUUUGUGCAGACCGUGCUGAAGGAUGCCAGAGCAGCAGACGAGGAAGUCUAUAAGACCAAGCAGAGGCUGGAGGGUAUGCUAGACACAACGCUCGAGGAGCUGGUGGUCUUUCCAGAAGCAGAAACGCUGUGGAAGACGACUGAUACUGGAGAAGGCGCUCGGCUCCUUUCCAAAACGCCACCCGAGACAGUUGACACGCACCCCUUCUUCUUCAUCCCCUCAAACCUGGCGAAAGUCAUACAUUGCAUUGCGCCACCGGAGGCAGCUGUUAAGGGAGCGCUCCGGCAUGCCGGCUACCGCGCGACAAGAAGCCAUUGCAAGCCUGGCAGUAUCAAGACUGACGCGCCAUGGCCGGUCAUCUGGGAGAUCAUGCGAGAAUGGGUCCGACAGAAACAUCCCAUCAGGGAAGGGGCUCUGACUGAGACACAGGCUGGCUGGAGGAUUAUGCAGGCAGACAGGAAGUCAGCGCCGGAGGCGAACGGUGAUGCGGAGGGAGAUGGGGUGGUAGACGAGCACGCUAAGCAGUCGCAGCAGGAUCCGAAACGCAUGAAAGUGGUCUUUGACGAAGCGCUUGGCCGAGACAAGCCUGGCAAGAGGAUGGUUCGCUAUCAGCAGAACCCGCGCGAGAACUGGGGCCCUAUGGCGAGAGCAAAGGGCAGCGGUUGA